AUGACAGGAGAUGUGGUUGUUGCCGCGGCAGCAGAGCAGGACAGAUCCGAGGCAGUAAAACAACACUCCUCCACUUCUUUUACUCUUUUGAUGACUGUUGCUCCUCUAUCCUCCUGUGUCCGGCUGUCCGGCCUUCACCUGGAAACUCUUUACCUUCCUCACCUUCAUCAUCAUCAUCAGCAGCAGCAGCAGCAGCGGUCGCCCAUACAUGGACCUGAAGUAGAAUCCAACAACGGAACAGCUCAGCCUCCUUGCAACGCCGCCUGAGACGCACCGAGCGAAGAAGAGGUAGAGGAGAAGCCGGUCAGACAGAAAAGGAAAAUCACAGUCGGCAAUAUCGCAAGCAAAAGCAAAAAAACAAUUUGGACGACCAGCAAGAUCCAUAAUCUCAGCAGAGAAACACUUAGAGGGAGGCAGCAACCCCAGCAAUUCUGUCUAUCUUGCAACUUCAGGGACCAUCAUCACAAUUUAAUAAGAAUUUGAAAGGCUGCGGAGCUGCAACAAAUCCGUCUUCAGAGGGGGGGAGUACAAGAAGCAGACAGAAAAGAAGGAUGAAGGGUGGAGGCCAAUUGUUUUAACCCUUCUGUACCUGGAGGGUGCUGGGAUGAGGCCCACUAGCGAUGUUUGACGCCAACGUUGCGGUUGUUUUAUGCACACUCGCCUUGCUCCAGACCCUUGAGAAGACAAGAUAAAAAUAUGUCUGAGUGAGGACACUGUUCUGCCAGUCUUUUUUUGGUGCCUGCCGGUUCCGUCACCUGGACAGUGUGCAACAUCCUCUAAUUCUAAAAGGAGCCACAGACUUGCCACAGAUUUCAGAACAGUCCUUCAUGGCUUGACACCUGAAUGCUGGGUUAUCCCCUCCCUCCGCCCCCUCCUGCCCCUUCCAAAAUGAUCGGCCUUUCUCUCAUCCCCGAGCGGUCGAGGAAGCCCCGGCAGGGACAUUGAUCAGGGAACCUUCAAGGCCUCCUGCAGAGGCGCCGACAUCCACUUCAGUAGGCGAAACAAGGACACCAUCUGAUAUCUGCUGGUUAGAACCGCGAGAUGGCAGCGGGGGUUGCAACAUGGCUGCCGUUCGCCCGGGCGGCGGCUGUGGGCUGGCUGCCGCUGGCGAAGAAGACGAUGCCCAAGCCUCCGGUGGACAACUCUUCCAGAUCAGAUGAGAUCCUGUAUGUCAACGUCAGUGGGGUGAGGUUUCAGACAUGGAAGAACACUUUGGACCGCUACCCCGACACGCUGCUGGGCUCCUCAGAGAAGGAGUUUUUCUACAACGAGGACACCCAGGAAUAUUUCUUCGAUCGAGACCCGGAGAUGUUCCGCCACAUCCUGAAUUUCUAUCGAACUGGGAAGCUCCACUACCCGAGACACGAGUGCAUCCAGGCCUUUGAUGAAGAGCUGGCCUUUUAUGGCAUCGUCCCAGAGAUUAUUGGCGACUGCUGCAUGGAGGAAUAUCGAGACAGGAAAAAGGAGAACCAGGAACGUCUCGCUGAGGACACAGAAGCCAAUGAGGCGAUGGAUGCCCCCUUGCCCCCCCACAGCACCCCGAGAGAGCGGCUGUGGCGAGCCUUUGAAAACCCCCACACCUCCACCAUGGCGCUGGUCUUCUACUAUGUCACCGGCUUCUUCAUCGCUGUGUCUGUCAUCGCCAACGUGGUGGAGACCGUCCCGUGUCGGCCCCCCAAAGGCAGCGUCAAAGACCUUCCCUGUGGAGAGAAAUACCAGCUGGCCUUCUUCUGCAUGGAUACCGCCUGUGUUCUCAUAUUCACCUUUGAGUACCUGAUGCGAUUGUUUGCCGCGCCCAGUCGCUGCAAAUUCAUGCGCUCGGUGAUGUCGGUGAUAGAUGUGGUGGCCAUCAUGCCCUACUACAUAGGCCUGGUGAUGCCCGAGAACGAGGACGUGAGCGGCGCCUUCGUCACGCUCCGGGUUUUCCGCGUCUUCCGGAUCUUCAAGUUCUCCCGUCACUCACAGGGUUUGAGGAUUUUGGGCUACACGCUGAAGAGCUGCGCCUCUGAACUCGGCUUCCUGCUUUUCUCCCUCACCAUGGCCAUCAUCAUCUUCGCCACCGUCAUGUUCUACGCUGAAAAAGGCACCAAGGGUUCCACCUUCACCUCCAUCCCUGCCUCCUUCUGGUACACCAUCGUCACCAUGACAACGCUGGGAUACGGCGACAUGGUUCCCAACACCAUCGCAGGAAAGAUCUUCGGGUCCAUCUGCUCGCUCAGCGGAGUGCUGGUGAUCGCCCUGCCGGUGCCUGUCAUCGUGUCCAACUUCAGCCGGAUCUACCACCAGAACCAGCGCGCAGAUAAGAUGAGAGCGCAGCAGAAAGUACGUUUGGCUCGAAUCCGCAUGGCUAAGAAGGGAACAACCAACGCUUUCCUUCAGUACAAAGAAGACCAAGCACUUGGGGAUCGAGACAGUGACAGCACCGCUCUGUGCGUGAAGAACAGAUCAGCAUUUGAACACCAACACCAUCACCUGCUGCACUGCCUGGAGAAAACCACGAACCAUGAGUUUACCGAUGAGAUAAACUACAGUGAGCUGUGCAUGACGGAGUCGGUGGGCUUCAGGACCAGUCGCAGCACGUCGCUGUCCAGCCAGCAGGGAGCUCAGAACAACUCCACGGGCUGCUGCCCCCGUCGCGCCCGCAGGAGAGCAGCCAUGCGUCUGGCCAACUCCACCGUGUCAGUCAGCCGGGGGAGCGUCCAGGAGCUUGACACCCUGCACCUAAAAACCACCUCAAUACCCCCACAAACUCGCUCAAGUUUGAACGCUCAAACGGAGAACUUGAAGCUGAACUGUGGAGAGCAAGACUUCACCGCCGCCAUCAUCAGCAUCCCGACACCUCCGGCCAACACGCCGGACGAGAGCCUCCCACCGUCGCCCGCGCCCAUCCCUGGCAUCCUGCGCAACACCCGGGCCACCACCUACACCCACGAGACCGUCAAGAUCUCAUCCUUAUAACCUCCGACCUCACCUGCCGCCACCUUGCCGAACCCACCUUGACCCCUUAAUCUGCUGACAUCUGAGUGCGAAGCUCCUCACCGGCUUCUACUCACUGAUUUCAGGAUGGCGUGGAGAAAACUUUCAAGACCGGUAGAAUGUGCAACAAUGCAAGAAGAGUUGGGAAACCUUUCUGGAAUCACGCUACAUGCCUACAUUGCCUGCGACACGAACGUUACCCGCAGCACAAUCUUCGACCUCAAACCUAGUCGCACAAUACUUUGGGUUUGAAGAGCAGUGCAGGACUCUUCGCCACAAUAGCCGCUUGCAAGCUCCUCUUUGAGUUCAAUGCAAAGAAACUGAAUGGUCUUGUCUGGGGAGGCUGUCUUGAAUGAGGAGCGACCUCAGGUCUGGAGUGAGAACAUGGAUCAACCCUCCUCAUCUCUUCUGCCUCUUUUUUUUUUGUGGAACGAUUACUUAGCCAUGUGUGGCGGAACUAUUCAAGCCCAUCCAUUUGAAUACAGAGAUGCUUUUUUUUAAUUUUCAGGAUCUUCAAGGCCAGACUGCUCGGUUUCAGGUUCUCAGCCUCCUUGAAAUGGACUGAGGAUGAAUCAGACAUGCAAUACUUCUGUCCAAAGUGCUCAGCAGUCAGUUUUUUUUAAAGGAACGCUGAAGGUGUCAAGUGAACUGAAACUGCAGUUUAGCACCACGCCGAAGCUGCUGCUCGAUGGAACAGAAUCUGGCAUUAAAGGAUCUGCUCACUGUUCACAUAUCUACACUAAGCAUGUCUGAGCAGUGCGGAACUGGACCAUUUCCUUUGGUGUCAUGUGACCUCACCCAGACUGGGGUCUUUUCAUUUCUGAAAUAUGCAACGUGCAACAACAAGCAGGAAAAUAGCAUCAACAAAUGAAAAUAAUACGAUUACAUAAAUAUAUAAAUAUAUCUAUAUCAACGUGUGUCAUUUAUUGCAGGGAAUAAAAUGUAAAGCAACUAAGUUAUUUAUUUGUUAUGCAAGGUCAUAACAAAUAUUCUGCAAUAGAUUUCAAUGGGGAAGGAAAAGCAAAGCGGAAAUGUCUUCAGCAUGAAACCCCUGAUUGUUGAGAUGGCGUGCACUUUGUGUUGACACAGAUUUGAUAUCAUUACGAACCUCUUCCAUUCAGAUUCAUGUCCAUGCUUUAUAUUUUCAAAUAUCCUGUGAGCUCUUUUGCUUUGAACUAAAAUAAAUAGCUAGUGAGUGGCUAGCUGAAAUGAGCAGCGCGCGAACAGCUCAGCGAUGGCAACUUCAAUUUAAAUACAUUUUUUAACUGAACAGGCUUUGCAUCAGUCAUCGAUAUUCAGGAGCACAUGAUUUAUGAUGUCAACAAUCUAUGUGUAAAUAGAGAGUGCACGCUAUCUGAUUGUUAACGUGUCAAGUAUUUUAGCAAAGCAUUUCCUCGACCAUUCAGAAGCAAGUGUGUGACACGCAGGCCAGAAGACGUACAUAAUGUAACAUAUUUUGUAUCAUAAACGUUCACCUGCAUCUUCCAACCAAACCCUCAAAAGAUAAGAGAAUAAUACUUUAAAAAAAAAAAGAAAAAAAAGAAGAAGCUGGAAGCCGCCGGGUGUGUGGCCGGCGUUCCUCCGUGCAUGAGCCUCGUACAGUAGAAAUAGCACUACUGAUCUUAGAGAUUUCUCGACCAUACCGAGGAGAGGAAAACACUGUAGAGGGGAAUCUCAUCAGACAUUGUUUUGCAUGAUGACGCUUUGUUUAUUUUUUCAUCUUCCUUUCCCAAGACUUUUCAAGACGAGUGUUUGCACCACGACAAAAUGUAGAAAUAACAAAGUAUAUUAUUGAAUUGUUGAUUUGAGGAAUAAAAAAAAAAACAUUUGGGCAUGUUGAUGGCAAACAUGCGUACGGACGGGUGUGAGUGAGUGUGUGUGUGUGUGUGUGUUUAUGAGGGCGUGUUUGAAUGAUGAGCAGUCACAAAUAUGCAUGGAUACCGUUAUAGGUAUUUUAUCUGUUUUCUCCUGUAAUUUAGAAAGACGUAAACAAGGUUUCUUCGCUGGAGGGAACUCAAUGUUCCUAGUAUUUUUAUAGUUGAUGUGGGUGACGCCAUCACACAAUGCAAGUAGACAUGAUUUGUGGGUUUAUCAUUUUUUAUUGAAUAUGAAGAGAAUGAGUCAAUAUCAGUGACCGUGAUCAAGUUAAACUAGCAGAGUGCUGUUUUUUUUACAUUAAAAAGACAGAAUUCCCAUGAGAUACUAUGGACUAAAACAGUUGAGGAAGUUUUACCAGUCGCAUUUUUGUACUGUAGAACGACCUUCGACCCAGUGACCUAGAUGUUUAUGGUGCAUGUCACCCAAAGCCUUGUCAUUUCAAAGUCCCUCCAAUUACCCAAAGAAAACACACCAACUUGACUUCUAGGAAUCUAACAGCACACCGGUCUGCGGUCUGCUGCAGUUGCCUCCAGUGAACAAAUGUGAACGCUGAGCGAAUGAAGGAGAAAACAGUAUUAAAGCACAGAGGUGUAUAUUCCAUUCCACUAAUAAAGAAAA